GGUCGUGAGUACUAAACAGCAACUCGAAAGGCUGGUUUCAUUGAUGGAAGAAAAUCCUCAACUUGCGAAAGGGAUUUGUACGAAGCUUCAGGCGGCAAAAAAGUGGGAAGAUAUUGCGCUGGAGCUCAAUUGUUUAGGACCACCAAUUAGAACGACAGCAAAGUGGAUUAAGGUGUGGGCUGACAUGAAAUCGAAGACCAAAAAGAAAAUGUCACAAAAUAAGGCUGAAUACCGAGCAACAGGUGGAGGACCGAACAGGCUUCAAUCGCAUACAAAUAUUGAGGAGGCCAUAAUUGGAUUACUCGAGCUUGAUGCCUGUGUGAAUCCACCAGGAGCGGAAUUCGGCCUAGAUAUAACGAAUGCAUUCAAGUGUUAA